ACUUCCAUAUUUUUAGACUUGCCAUCAUUAAGAUGGCGUCUAAGAUGUUAUGGACUUUCCAUGGUCCUCGGUUAAUACGAAUUUUCAAGAAAGAAAACAUUGAGGGUCAUGACUAUGUGCCUGGUUAUCUUGAAUCUUGGCCUGAUCGUGUGAUCCAAACGUUUAACACAGCCUUUGGACUGACUUACUUGACUACACCAAUAUUUGGCUUCAUUCUCUACAAGAGAGGUCACUUUAACCCUGAAGGAGCUUUAGGUAUACUUAGAGUUGCAUUGUCAGUUGCGAUAGUCUACACAGCAGCCUACAUUUUAAGGGGAAUAGGGCGAUUAAGUAAUAUUGAUUAUAGAAAUUUUAUAAGUGUACUCGUUGAAGCAAGGCAAAAUUCUUCAGUUCAAGUAAAGAAACAACUUGCAAAUUACGACUUUGAGUUCUGGGCCUGGCCUGUGGACUUCAGAUGGGAUGAAGGGAGUAUAAAGGAGAAAAUUCCACCCCCUGCACGGGCCCCUUCGAGCAGAAGGGCUCAAGCCAUUGAGAGAAGUAGCCUGCCAUGUAGAAUUCUCAGCUACUUGGCCAUGCACACAUUUGGUCGCAGAAUGGUUUAUCCUGGUGGCACGUCUCUCAUGAAUUAUUUACUCUCAAAUAUGUUGAAGAUUGGGAGAACACAAUUAGUUGAAGAGAAAGGGGGUAUUAGAGCCAAAGUUUUGACAGAGGAUGGAAACGAGAUUGACACCAUGUUUAUGAAUAGGAAGGGAUCGUCUGAAAAUGGUAGUACCUUAGUUAUAACAUCAGAAGGUAAUGCUGGCUUCUAUGAGAUGGGCUGCUCAAACACUCCAUUAGAUCUCAACUACUCUGUGUUGGGGUGGAACCAUCCUGGGUUUGGUGGGAGUACUGGAAUAGCUUUCCCCGACCAAGAACAGAAAGCUGUGGAUGCCGUGAUGCAGUAUGCCAUUCACAAGCUCAAGUUUGAACCCAAGGACAUUGCUCUGUUUGCCUGGUCUAUAGGGGGGUACACAGCUUCCUGGGUGGCCAAGACAUACCCAGAUAUCAAGUUUGUGGUUUUGGAUGCAACUUUUGAUGACAUCGUGCCACUGGCUAUUGCCAAGAUGCCUCAGUCUUGGAAAAACUUGGUUGCACUUAGUCUGAGAACUUACAUGGACUUGAAUGUAGCAGAUAAUCUUUUAGAGUACCAGGGACCUAUACUGCUUGUAAGGAGAACUAGGGAUGAAAUUAUAACCACAGAAUCACCCCCAGACUCCUUCCCAGUACUGCAAUCAAACAGAGGAAAUUUUUUGCUGUUGAAGUUACUACAACACCGAUAUCCCACCAUUGUGGAUGACACCACAUUACCUGUGAUGAGAGAAUUUUUAGGAAAAGAAACAAUUAGUCAAAUUCAAAUGUUAGAAGAAAAGGCUGUGGUCUACCAAGAAUGUAGCAAACACUUCAGUGCACAUGUACAGGAUAAAGGGAUACACUUCCCUAUGAAUAUAAAUGUGGUGGAUCAUAGUUUGAAAGUUAAACUGGCUUUGUUUUUGAUUACUGCCCAUAUGGAGAACUUUGAAUCAACCCACUGUACACCUUUACCAGUCAACUUUUUCCACAAACCUUGGAUGCCAGGCGCCCGCUUGUAAUGAGCAGAGCCUGGGAGAGAUUGGCUGAUUGAUGUACUGAAUCCUGUGGUGCUGCUGUAUGUUUGAGACAGCUGAGUAAAUAUUUGAUGUGUAUUUUAUAGACACCAGUCCUAGUUAACAAAUGGUGUGUGAGGUGCCCCAAUCAUUCCGCAUGUAGUCAUGUCAUCUAACCUGAGCCAAACUUGACAAAAUUUUUUAGUUUCUUCAAUAAAUUAUUUUGCUGUAAUGAUAUUAGGGAAAAUAGCUAGAAAAAAAAAUGUAUUACUUUUAUAUGACUGAUUGUUAAAAAAUAUUUCUACCAAUGGUAAUCAAGAAUAUUAUACACAUUAAAUUAAGUUGAGGAUUUUUUUCUUGUUUGAUUUUAUUUGUAUAAAAAAAAUUAAAAUCAGCUCUAUCUUGAAUAUUUGUAACACUGCCCACAAAAUGGUGAAGUGGAACUUAUAACUAGUCUUUAAGCCUUCUUUUUAAAUCAAUUGUAAAAUUUUUUUGAAAUAAUCACUUAGCAGUUCUUCUUGUAAUGUCAUUAUGCCGCACAAACGUUUUUCUAUUAAUAUAUUUUUUAAUGCAUUUUUUGUCAGUUACAAUAAAAGUUUUUAUUGUACUGAUUCUAAGUCAAUCUUUAUCUUUAAUUAAUUAAUCAUACUGCUACUGUAAAAAAUGGAUUCUUAAUAAUUUGAAAAAAACAUUCAAUGAAAAAUAGAUUUAAUGAGCAUCACCAAAAAUAAAAAAUAAAUACAUACAUAAGUAAUUAGAAAGAAUGAUUUUUUGCUCAUUUUAAUAAUAGCUUUCCUAAAGAAAGCCCUGUUCAUUGUAGUUCUUUAUUUUAAAGUAACCAAUGCUCAGACUAAAAGAAAUGCAUACCAAGUAGUUCUGAGCUGCAGUAAUAGAUUAGAACCUGCCACAGAUAAUUAUGCUCACAGCUGUGUAAUAUAUUCCACUUUCCUUUCACCUAAAAUAUUUUAAAAUAUUUCCAUUGUAGCUCAGAUUAGAUUCACAUUCCUACAUUUAGAAAACUAUAUUUGAAAUGAAAUGAUAAAUUAUAGCUUUUUUAAAGUUUAUUUUUGUAAUAAAAUUAGUAAAAUUAAAAACUUUAGAUGAGUUUUUUUGGGAAUUGUGAACAUCGUUAAGAUCAUUGUUUUCUUGUCUUGGCAUUCACUUGUUUAUUACAACUAGUAUUUAUUUCCCCUAAGUUUUCACAGAAUCAUUUAGUGUCACUUUGCUAACCCUAACUCAGCUUAGGGAUAAAAUCCUCGAGAAAACCGAAAUAAAAAUUAAAAGCAUUCUCUUGUGAACUUAAACUUUAAAACUUAAAGUAUUAAAAUUAAUCAAAAGAAUUUUUAAAAAAAGCAAACCUUUAACCCUCUUCAUGUUUGAGUGAGUGCAUUUUUUUUUAAUUUGCAGUAUUUAUUUUCAUAGUUUAAAUAAUUGGUUGUGGUUGUGGUAAGAUGUGUUACAAGUUUUCUAAAAAAUCUGCAGUGUCAAACACUCUAGAUGUAUUUUAAUUCAAUGUGUUAUCUCUGUAGAAUUUUAAUUACAUACCCUUUGAUGGAAGACUUUCAUUUUGUAACUUGAAUUGUUUGUAUUACAUGUGCUUCAGAUAAAGAAUGUUUGUUUUUCAGAUUCAUUUUUUGUUAAUUAUGGGAUUUGUUUAAAAAUAAGUUAACAAUAAGAACAAAGAGAAUGGUAUCUAUGUGUGAUCUUAAGCAAGAAUACAAUGUAUUUAAUAAUUAAUAUUAAAUUCUCAAGAAUGUAAUCCAUCAUAUUUAAUCAUAAUGAUCUCAGUGGAGAAAUUUAGAAAUUUGAUUCUAAAAAUGCAGGUUUUUACGACUUCAUGGUUGUUAAAUGUACUGAGAUCUCGUCAAAUCUUAAUGUUGCUGUUG